CGCGGCAAAAAUCGUGCGGCUUUAGUCACCCGUGUAAACCCCUCAUUAGGCUAUGAUACCUAUUAGCAAAUGCAAAUUUACUAAUGUCUCUGACCAACUAUACAUAGUAUACUAGUAUCUCGUAGUCUUAGGACCGACGCGACUUCUCUACUCUUUAGUCUGUUCUGUUUGUUUGUAAACAAUAGACAUUACAAUUAUUGAAUAUUUACAUUAUAUUCUGCAGUCUACACCUUUAAAGUGGCUAUAAUUUAUAUAUUCAGGAAAUAGUUUAUAUUAUCUACAUUUCACAAUCAAAAAAUAUGUCCAUUCAAGUAAUAGCUGUUGCUUCUGAAAGUGGAGUUCCAAUAUUUUCAAGAAAGCGCGGAAAUUGUGAAAAUCCUCAGUUCUCAACUAUUGCGUCUCUUCAUGGAAUUAAUAUGUUUACAAAAUGUCACAAAUUGUCAAUAGUUAACACGCAUGUUGAUAAUGGAAAAAUUUUAUGGAAAGAAUACUGCAAAAGUAUCACACUAAUCGGAAUUACUACAGGAGGACUUGAAUGUGACUUGGAAUUAUUAUUAACUAUUGUCCAUGAUGUCAUGGUGUUUUGUAUUGGAAAGAAAGAUCUGGAGACCCUGAAGAAUAUUGAUCAAAUCAAAAGAGACUUAAGGCAAUGCUACACUAUGUUAGACUAUUUAUUAGAGUCUUUAGACACUCAAAGUGUUCCGCAAAAAUCAAUUCUUCCUGAUCUUAUUCAAAGUAUAUUGUGCCCUCAAACGCAACAUUUGCAGCCUGUUCUAGACCAUUAUGCACAAAAGGUGACUGGAAGAUGGGCGUGUCUAAGUAUCCAUGGACACUUAGUGGCUACAAGCUCCGACUUCCACGAGCUUGACUUUAGGGAAGCUAAAUUAUUAAUGUUACUUGCUGCAGCUCAAGAUGGUGCGCCUCUUAGAGAGACGGCAGUAUUCUUACCUCAGAUGAGUCCCAAUGUAGCAUUCAGGGCUGUCACUUGCAAACUUUUGGCCGAUGUGUAUGUGUUGGUAAUGUGUGGGGCUACACCAGCCCUAUCUGAAAUCGACGAAAUAGUCCUGCAGUGCUGGGAGACCUCCACCCAUAUUAUAAAAGAAGCGAAACUUGUGCAUCCCCGUAACUUCCCUUUGAGUAUUAAUUUUGAGCCGUGUGUAUUGGGAUUACUUGUUAUAAAUAUAAAUAAAAGGCGGUGUGUGUUUUCGCGGCACUUACAUUUGCCGAAUCAAAAAACGCGAGGCAUGUCUGGUGUCUAUAAAACAGAUAUACUGCGGACAUUUUUUAUUACAACUGCAAGGGAUUUGACGCCAGAACUAAAAAUGAAAGAUAAUGAGAUCAAGGACUGUACAUUUGGUUUGGGCGCAAUGACCGAAACAUAUUGGUGCUCAGAAUAUCACAAAUGCCACGCAAUGAGAUCUGGUGAGCUGAUGUGCUGUGCGCUCUAUGCUGCAACUGUGCCCACACAUACAAUGAGAUUACUGACGAAACAGAUACUGAAGGAUAUUUCGACAAGCAAGGAAGUGUUUUGGUAGACGUCAAAGAACAAAGAAAUAAUAAUAUUUUCUUCAACCAGAUCGUCUCUGGUCGUUUCUCCGCUGCGACGCCGAGUCAUAUCCGCUCAUAACCAAUGGAGCAAAACCAUGGCAUCCAAUAUGUUAAAAUUAUUAUCUAAAAAUAUAUAAAUAAUUCAAAUAAAACUUUGUAAUUUUUAUUUUAAA